CACAUGUCUCCUGGCGUCCACAGCGGCGGUAAUGGGCGGUGUUUGGCGUCACUUAGCCGGACCCUGCAGCCGCCACCAUUCAUGCCGUCGCCCCGUCGGCUGUGUGCCGCCUGUCAACAUGGUUAUCUUGGCGUGGGUUCGUCGGUAUCUUCCGUGGUUAUUCACUUAGGAGACCUAGUGCUCCUCCGGGUCCGGCCUGCCUCGGUGAGCAGCUCCGUCUGAGCGUUUAGAUGCCUCGGCCAAGAUGAGUGUCAAGGCCUUCGAGCUCAUCCCGGCUGUGGAGCGGGACCUCCUCAUGGGCGAUAAGGCUCGUAUCAACAUCGAAUGUAUCGAAUGUUGUGGGAAGCACUUAUAUGUGGGGACCAACGACUGUUUCAUCCACCACUUCCUGCUGGACGAGGUUACCUCCGCCAAAGGGAAGCGGACUUACUCGGCCCAGAAACUGCUUCACAAGUAUCUGGGCCUGAAGAAGCCGGUGGCGGAACUGCGGGCCGCCUCGGCCCUGGAGCGCCUGAUCGUGCUGUGUGACGGCGUGGUGUUCCUCGUGGACAUGGUGACCCUGGAGACUGUGCCGUCGGCCGCGGGAGGCGGAGCCCGUAUCCGAGGCGUGACGGCGUUUUGCAUCAACGAGAACCCGGUGAAUGGCGAUCCGUUCUGCGUAGAGAUGGGUGUCCUUUCCUCGAAGCGCAGGACUGUUCAGAUUUACAUGGUGUACGACGACCGGGUGCAGCUGCUCAAAGAGGUGACCACGCCGGAGCAGCCCUGCGCCGUCUGUCUCGACGGCUACUUCCUGUGCCUGGCGUUGGCGACGCAGUACAUGAUCCUGAACUACCACACAGGAGCCGCCCAAGAUCUCUUCCCUUACAACAGCGAGGAGAGGAGACCCAUAGUGAAGAGGAUUGGUAGGGAGGAGUUCCUCUUGGCGGCGCCGGGUGGUCUUGGAAUGUUUGCCAAUGCAGAAGGGGCCUCCCAACGGGCGCCUGUCAGCUGGUCCGAGAACGUGAUCGGCGCGGCCGUCUCCUUCCCGUAUGUGGUGGCCUUAGACGAGAGCUUCAUCACCAUCCACAGCAUGUUGGACCAACAGCUGAAACAGACCCUUUCAUUCAGGGAUGGACACCUUCUACAGGACUUUGAAGGGAAGGUCAUUCUGGCGUCCACUAAAGCCGUGUACGUUCUGGUACCAAUGCCACUGGAGAGACAGAUCCAGGACUUGUUGGCCAGCCACAGAGUGGAGGAGGCGCUCAUACUUACAGAGGGAGCGCAAAGAAAUAUUCCCAAAGAAAAAUUCCUGAUCUUGCACAAAAGAAUUCUGCAACAGGCAGGCUUCAUACAGUUUGGCCAGCUUCAAUUUGUAGAAGCGAAAGAGCACUUCUGGAAAGGUCAUCUGGAUGUGCGGGAGCUGAUUUCUCUCUACCCGCUGCUGCUGCCGGCGUCUUCUUCAUUCACACGCUGCCACCCUCCUCUGCACCAGUUUGCAGACCUCAAUCACUUGGCGCAGGGAGACCAGGGAAAAGUGUUGCGGUGCAAGAAGUUCCUGAUCAGCUAUUUGGCAGAGGUGCGAAGCACAGAGGUAGCAAACGGUUGCAGAGAGGACGUGGACACGGCAUUGUUGAAACUGUACGCCGAACAAGAUCACGAUAGCCUUCUGGACCUGCUGGCGUCAGACAAUGCCUGCCUGUUAGCAGACUGUGUCCCGUGGCUGGAAAAAUAUCACAAAUAUUUUGCACUCGGGCUGCUCUACCAUUCUAACGGCCAGGAUCCAGCAGCUCUUCAGAUGUGGACCCGUGUCGCUGACGGCCAUCUAGAGGAUUCUACAAGGCCGGAUCUCUUUGACUACAUUGUAGACUUUCUCUGCUCCACUGCCAAUCUGGACCUCGUGUGGAAGUACGCAAACUGGGCGCUACACAAGGAUCCUGCUACAGCUGUCCACAUCUUUUCCAAGAGGUCCGGUGAUCAGGCCCAGGCAGACCUGAAGCCUGACGAUGUCAUCGCAUACCUGGCAGAGCACAGGGAGGCUCUCCUCCUCUAUUUGGAACACCUGGUGCUAGAAAGGCGGACACAGGAGGAGAAAUUCCACACCCAUCUGGCGGUCUUGUACGUGGACAGGGUCUUGUCCCUGCUGUCGGAUUCCCCAGCCGAUGAGGAGCAGCUGAGCAGCACCAGAAAGAAGCUCCAGGCUCUCCUCAGGGAGUCCAACCUGUACAGAGCCCAGCAUCUUCUAGGUAAGGUGGAAAAGUGCGAGCAGCUGCUGCUCGAGCGUGCGAUGCUGCACGGGAAUCUGGAGGAGCACGACAAAGCGCUCGACAUCUUGGUGCACAAGCUGAGAGACUUCCCGUCUGCGGAGGCCUAUUGUGUUUGGGCUUCUUCCUCCCAGGAACCUGCUGCCCGACAACAACUGUUCCACCGCCUCCUGGGGGUGUAUCUCCAACAUUGCGCAGCCGGGGACUCCCCAGCGCUUGGAGACCGCGGCGAUCUGGAGAUGGCUGCGGUGGACCUGCUGAAUCGUCACGGCGAGACAUUUGACGCGGUGCGCGUGCUGAGGACUCUGCCGGACAGCUGGUCGCUACAGCUGCUGCGGCCCUUCCUGGUUCGAGCCAUCAGGGCCAACAUGCACGCCUCACGCACGUCCCGCCUCGCCCUCGGACUUGCCCACUCCGAGCACCUCCAACUACUGCAUGACAAGCUGAAAGAGACGAAGAAGCCGAUCACUGUGUCCGCCAAGAAGGGAUGCCACUUGUGCCACAACACCUUCAGCGAGCCCAACGUGGUGUGUCUGCCCGGCGGCGUGCCCGUCCACGCUCAUUGCCUGGCCCAGAGAGUAAGAGACUCGCCCACAAAGAGACAGCUAACCAACAGCAACAAUCACACGUGAGGAAAAACAACACUGGGUUUUCUACGAGAGUCUCUAAAACAAAGAUGAAAGGGACGAGGGCAAAGCACAGAGGUCACUGAGACAGAAGUUUUAUGUGAUGCACGUGCAGAACGUUGCGCAGGUCAAAGUCAGCUCAACUCUCCUUUCAAGUAACAGUGGAGUGGAAAAACAAGUUCACUUUAUUAAUACGCUAAUUUGUCUUUCGUUCUGUCCAUUAAACCAUAUCCAACUGUAUUUACAAUAUACAAAGUUUGUUAAAAAUACUGUUUGAACAUCACAAAAUGCCACAAAUUCCUCUCCCAAUAGCUUUGGCUAUUUUUGGAGAUUGACAUCACUGUAAGAUUCUACACUCUGACCAUAUUAUUGGAGCAGUCAUACUGGAAAUACGCAAACAGUGGAAAGAGAUGUGCCGUUUAUCCUUUACAAUCAUGUAAGACAAGAACACAUAUGUUAAGAUUUUUUUUAUUCUAAAUCAUAAAUAAAUAUCUAACACUUGAGUCAACAUAUGGAGGGUCCUCUCAUUAUACUCUCUCAAAACAUCCUGAAGGCGCCAACAAUACCCCAUUUACAUGUCCUGACCUGAAAAUUAACCAAAUAUGUGUGAAUGUUGUCUAUCUGUGUUGGCCCUGCAAUGAGGUGACGACUUGUCCAGGGUGUACCUUGCCUUCCGCCCGAAUGCAGCUGAGAUAGGCUCCAGGAUCCCCCGCGACCCCAAAAGGGACAAGCAGUAGAAAAUGGAUGGAUGGAUGAGUCCAUUAAACCAUAUCCAACUGUAUUUACAAUACACAAAGUAGGUGAAAAUACCGUUUAAACAUCACAAAAUGCCACAAAUACAGUGAUACAUUUUGAAUAUUCCUCUCCCAAUACCUUUUGCUAUUUUUGGACAUUGACAUCACUGUAAGAUUUUGCACUCUGACCAUAUUAUUAGAGCAGUCAUACUGGAAAUAUGCAAACAGUGGAAAGAGAUGUGCAGUUUAUCAUUCACAAUCCUUAUGUAAAACAAGAACACAUGUUUGGAUUCUUUUUAUUCUAAAUCAUAAAUAAAUAUGUAACAAUUGAGUCAACUUAUGAAAGGUCCUCUCAUACUCUGUCAAAACAUCCAGAGAGUGCCAACAAUAUUCCAUUUACAUGUCCUGACCUGAAAAUUAACCAAAUAUGUGUGAAUGUUGUCUGUCUGUGUUGGCCCUGCGAUGAGGUGGCGACUUGUGCGGGCUGUACCCUGCCUUCCACCCGAAGGCAGCUGAGGUAGGCUCCAGCACCUCCCGCGACCCCAAAAGGGACAAGUGGUUGAAAAUGGAUGGAUGGAUGUGUCCAUUAAACCAUAUCCAACUGUAUUUACAAUACACAAAGUAUGUGAAAAUACUGUUUAAACAUUACAAAAUGCCACAAAUUCAGUCAGACAUUUUGAAUAUUCCUCUCCCAAUACCUUUUGCUAUUUUUGGGGAUUGACAUCACUGUAAGAUUGUGCAUUCUGACCAUAUUAUUAGAGCAGUCAUACUGGAAAUUUGCAAACUUUUCCUUCACAAUCCUUAUGUAAGACAAGAACACAUAUGUUUGCAUUUUUUUUAUUCUAAAUCAUAAAAAAAUAUCUAACAAUUGAGUCGACAGAUGGAAGGUCCUCUCAUUAUACUCUCUAAAAACAUCCAAUAGGCGCCAACAAAACUCCAUUUACAUGUCCUUAACUGAAAAUUAACCUAAUAUGAGUGGUAUUGUUAUUAAAAACGCUAACGCAGACAUUGAAAGCAGUGAGAUAAUUCUAGUUUAGGUCGCUAUUGUUGACACACUGCUGCUUCGAUUUAAACUUGGUAAAGUAAAUUUUAGAUGAUAGUUCAUGCAUCUCUCACCUGCUGGUAGACAAAUGUGGCCAUGGACCGAGAGACUGGUCCACUUUCCCAUCCGCCGAGACGACAAAAAAGACCCCCACUAGACAUUUCUUGCAGGAACUACUUUUUUAACCCUUACUGAGGAAAAUGCUUGAAUCUUUAUUUAAACGGAAUUAUGCGAGCGUCCCGUUUGUCAACAUCCCAGCGAGUGUGGCAAUAUUACAGUGUUUGUUCUAUUAUGCUUCAUUUAUAUGUUUAACACCUAGCAAUGUUGCUAAUGCUAUAGUGUCACAAUAAAGCUGCAUCCAUCACUCUGCUUCUAAAACUUAUUGCUCAUCCUCUUUGUGUUCAGGCUCAAAAAUAAAAGCUUGUUGAUCAU